CAUCCAGGUGGCGGAGCCGGCCCACCGCCACUGAGUCACCCGCCCGCCCGAGCUCCCUGCCUGCCCUUCGCCAUUGGAUUAUUUCGGAAGCCUGAAAACUUGGAGCUGCACCUGAGUCCCGCCCCUUCCAGCCCUCCCCUCCCUACCUUGGGCUCGGAGGAAGAUGGGGCUCGCGGUGGGUCUGCCGUCACCCCCUACGGAUACGGAGGCCGCGGCGGGGGCCGCGGGGGCCUGCGGGGAGCUGCAGAUAUGGUGACCAGGCUGCCGCUGUCCCCCGGAGGUGUGGGGACAGAAGGGGAGUCUCGUCCCUCCCAGCUGCCUGGAGGCCGGCCCGGCUGGCUUUGAACUCUCCCUCCCCACCCCCCUCCCGCCACCCCACCCCUCCGGGGGUGUUGCUGGGAAGGAGUGGCUUCUAGGGUCCCCGUGGCAUUUGGAGAGCGAGGCUGCAUUGGCUUAGGCCGGGCAGGGAGAGGCGCUUCCUGGGCUAGAAACAAGCAGCAGCCUGCAGUGGGAGAGCGCCGGGCGCAGCGGCCCCGAGGGAGCAGCCCAGAUCCUGCAGGUCUGUGUCCGCGCAGCUCGUCCGGGCGCGGCGGGGUCAGGACCCGGAGGCGAAGGGCGGGCGGGAGCCGGAGCCGAGCGAAUGCAGGAAGGAGUGGGGCCGGGGGCGUCCCUCCUCUCGCGGCCCCGGCCCCGGCGACUCUUCCUGGGCCCCGAGCUCGCCGAGUCUACCUGAGGCCACGCCCUAAAAUCAAACUGGCGGCCAGGUGCGACCGGCGCGGCCCAUACAGGCUUGCAGAGGACCGGCCCCGCGCCGCUGACUGCCCGAGAGAGCCGCCCACUGCAGGAGCCUGAGGAGCCUCCGAGAGCAGUGAGUGGGCACCAUGUUCCGCAAGAAGAAGAAGAAACGCCCCGAGAUCUCCGCCCCCCAGAACUUCCAGCACCGCGUCCACACCUCCUUUGACCCUAAGGAGGGCAAGUUUGUGGGGCUCCCCCCACAGUGGCAGAACAUUCUGGACACUCUGCGGCGCCCCAAGCCUGUGGUGGACCCUUCACGCAUCACACGGGUGCAGCUGCAGCCCAUGAAGACUGUGGUGCGGGGCAGUUCAGUGCCCUCCGACGGCUACAUCUCAGGGCUGCUCAAUGACAUCCAGAAGUUGUCGGUCACCAGCUCCAACACCCUGCGCGGCCGCAGCCCCACCAGCCGGCGGCGGGCCCAGUCCCUGGGGCUGCUGGGGGACGAGCACUGGGCCACUGACCCGGAUAUGUACCUCCAGAGCCCGCAGUCGGAGCGCACCGAGCCCCACGGCCUCUACCUCAGCUGCAACGGGGGCACACCAGCAGGCCCCAGGCAGGGGCCGGGGCCCGAGCCGCAGAGCCCGCGCGUCCUGCCUAACGGGCUGGCCGCCAAGGCGCAGUCCCUGGGCCCCGCCGAGUUCCACGGUGCCUCACAGCGCUGCCUGCAGCUCGGUGCCUGCCUGCAGAGCUCCCCGCCCGCCACGUCUCCUUCCACGGCCGCCGGCAGGCGUGGCACGAAGGCUGCCAAGCAUGGUUCCGAGGAGGCCCGGCCGCAGUCCUGCCUGGUAGGCUCGGCUGCGGGCAGGCCUGGAGGGGAAGGCAGCCCGAGUCCCAAGGCCCAGGAGAGCAGCCUGAAGCGCAGGCUGUUCCGAAGCAUGUUUCUGUCCACUCCCGCCUCGGCCGCUCCGGGCAGCAGCAAGCCAGGCCCUCCGCCGCAGAGCAAGGACACUCCUGGUGCAGCCCCCAAGCUCCCAGCCAGGAGCCCUGGCCCCGGGGCACACGAGGCACUGUCAGUGCACAGCACCCUCCUGGCGGCUUCCUUCGCCCAAGGUCCCCAGCACCAGCCCAGCUCCUCCUUCCGCCAGCCGCAGAAAGACUCCCUGCCAAGCCUGGUGGUCAAGGCCCAGUCCUUGCCUUCAGACCAGCCUGUAGGGACAUUCAGUCCCCUGCCCCCUUCGGACACCAGCAGCCCCCUGAAGUCUCUUCGUACCACUCCAGCCACUGGCCCACUGCCCAGCCGGUCCUCACCGGCCGGCUCCCCCAGGACCCGGCACGCUCAGAUCAGCACCAGCAACCUGUACCUGCCCCAGGACCCCGCAGCGGCCAAGGGCGCCCUGGCCGGCGAGGACACGGGUGUGGUGACUCACGAGCAGUUCAAGGCUGCGCUCAGGAUGGUGGUGGACCAGGGUGACCCCCGGCUGCUGCUGGACAGCUACGUGAAGAUCGGCGAAGGCUCCACUGGCAUCGUCUGCCUGGCCCGCGAGAAGCACUCGGGCCGCCAGGUGGCCGUCAAGAUGAUGGACCUCCGGAAGCAGCAGCGCCGGGAGCUGCUCUUUAAUGAGGUGGUGAUCAUGCGAGACUACCAGCACCUGAACGUGGUGGAGAUGUACAAGAGCUACCUGGUGGGCGAGGAGCUGUGGGUGCUCAUGGAGUUCCUGCAGGGUGGGGCCCUCACCGACAUCAUCUCCCAAGUCAGACUGAAUGAGGAGCAGAUCGCCACCGUGUGCGAGGCCGUGCUGCAGGCGCUGGCUUACCUGCACGCCCAGGGAGUCAUCCACCGGGACAUCAAGAGCGACUCCAUCCUGCUGACCCUGGACGGCAGGGUGAAGCUCUCCGACUUCGGAUUCUGUGCUCAGAUCAGCAAAGAUGUCCCUAAGAGGAAGUCCCUGGUGGGAACCCCCUACUGGAUGGCUCCAGAAGUGAUCUCCAGGUCUCUGUAUGCCACCGAGGUGGAUGUCUGGUCCCUGGGCAUCAUGGUGAUCGAGAUGGUGGAUGGGGAGCCACCCUACUUCAGCGACUCGCCGGUGCAAGCCAUGAAGAGGCUCCGGGACAGCCCCCCGCCCAGGCUGAGGAACUCCCACAAGGUCUCCCCGGUGCUUCGAGACUUCCUAGAGCGGAUGCUGGUGCGGGACCCCCAAGAGAGGGCCACAGCCCAGGAGCUCCUGGACCACCCCUUCCUGCUGCAGACGGGGCUGCCUGAGUGCCUGGUGCCCCUGAUCCAGCUCUACCGCAAGCAGACCUCCGCCUGCUGAGCCACCUCCACAGUGCACCUGCCACCUGUGCCCACAGGCAGGGCACACGGGGCAGCCAGCCUGCCCCACUCUCAGUAUUCUCUCCAAAGAUUGAAUGUGAAGCAACCCCCCCGCCCCUCUGCCCACUGGGCCAGGCCGGACCUGCCCCCUCGGUCUCUCCCUCCCUCCCCACAGUCCCCAGCUGCCUUUGGGCUGAUGGAGACUCCUGCAGGAUGCUCUUUGUUAUUUGCCCAGGGAUAUUUCUAAGAAACAGAGACUGGCGCUCCUGGCCACUGGGGCCAGCGCAGCAGGCAAGGCUGCUGCGGGUUUGUCUGUUUCUGUUUUUUUUAAAGGGAGUUGUACACGGGCAGCCUGCUCGUCUCGGGGUGGGGGUGGGGGAUGCGGGGAACUGCUGUCCCCAGCACUGGAGUCAAACCCUGGGGUCUCAGGAGCCAAGGGGAGGCUCUGACUACCUGAACCCCUCUUCCUCCCAAGUGACUUCCUGAACCUGCCCCUGACCCACCCACAUAGCCUGCUCUGAGGCCCUGGGCGGCGCAGAGGGCGUUCUCUGAGUGAAAGAGGAGGAAGGGGUCGUUGUCAGAGUGGUCUCACUCCACAGGAUACAGAGGGCGAACACGUGUGUGGGGGGAGAAGGCUCCCCGCCAGCCUGGGUCCCUUUGGGUCACCCACAGCCAGCUUCAGGAAGGCUGCCCCCACCUCCCUCCCACUCACCACAGAACCUGCUUCCUCGGCCUGGCUCCCCACCCAGGGAGCGGUGGCAGUGAGUCUAAGGCGCGUGCAGGGCCUUGGGGGGCUGGUGCCAUGUGAGGGCUAGAGCCCAAGGGGACACGGUCUGUUUCUUCUGUCCAUUUCAUCUCAAUCACCAGGUCAUCAGGGACCCAUGCUUCUCUCCAGAGCCCUGGCCUGGGGGAGGUGAACCCGGCCAGUGUGAGCCACCUGCCUCCUGUACCCCACCCCUACUCCCACCUUCAGGGCUGCUAUGAGACAGGGAAUUCCAGGGAAGAACUUCCGGCGUCUGGGCCCUACCUAGAUAAUAUUUUUAGAUUCCUCUGCUCCCUAGUGGCCUGCAAGGAACUUUGCAAGGACUUUUUUUUUUUUUUUUAAGGGUCAGAGUUUUAAAAACAAAAGCAUCUUCCCUAGAAAUUUUUGUGAAUUGUUUGCACUUGUGCCUGUUUUAAAUUAAA